CUGCCCUCCCCGCCGCCGCGGACCCCCUCCCAUGGCAAAGCUCCCGCGUCUACGCUGUCCGUUUGCCGUGCUCGCGCUCGUGUGCAUCCUCCCGCUCUUUGCGCCGCGGCCCGCCCUGUCCUCCCGCGCCGCGCCGAAGGACGGUGUCUCCUUCGCCGGCGCAGGCAACACGAUACAUCAACUCCUUAAAGAUCACGGCCUUCCCGGAGGACUGCUCCCGCGCGGCGUGGAGUCGUACACCCUGGACGAAUCAAGCGGUCUGCUGCAGGCGCGGCUGUCGGCGCCGUGCUACGCCAAGUACGACAACGGCGACCUGGCCUACUUCGACAACGUGGUCCGCGGCAACCUGAGCAAGGGUGCGCUCCGCGGCGUGGAGGGCCUCUCCCAGGAGGAGCUCUUCGUCUGGCUCCCCGUCAAGGGCAUACUCGUCCAGGACCAGGAGCCCGGGGUCAUCCUGUUCGACAUCGGCUUCGCCCACAAGAGCCUCUCGAGGUCGCUCUUCGAGGACCCGCCGGACUGCAAGCCGUCGGCCGCCAGCGGGAUGAGCGCCGCCGCCGCCGUCGCCGCCGCCAGGUGGAAGGGUAGGCAAGGUGUUAUUACUGGUCUGAGGUUGAGGCGAGAGGUAGCAGCAGACAGCGACGAGCAUCAGGAGCAGAGGUGAGGGAGGGAGACAAUGCAACACCCCGAGACGACGCCGAAUUCCGGUUUCCCGCUUUGUAAAAUCCUGUGGUGAGUGAGAGAGAGAGAGAGAGUGCUGCCGCAACAAAAAAAAACAACAACUGCAACUUCCUGCAGAGGUUGGAAUGUGCUACGUAUCUACUAAGAUAUGGGUACCUUUUUGCGGUUCUUUUUUUUUUUAUUUCUUCUCCCCCUUUUUUUUGGCCUGAGCUCCUCUCCUGUUCAUGCACCUGUGUGAUAUUAAGUUUGUCAGUCAAUUGUUAGUAUAAGCAAGCACGCAGAAAAAAAAGAAAAGGAAAAAAAGGAAAAGGGUUAAGCUGAGAAGCCAAUCGUCGGGGCUGUGGUCUGGCUGGCCGCCUAUGAUAGAUUCUUGUUCUCCUCCUCAGGGAGGAAAUUCUUCUGGUGAGAUGAGAGUAGGUUGUUGUUGGUGCAUGCUCCAGCUCAGCUGAGGAGUGAGCUGGGCACAGCACAUCCUUCAUUCAUGUGGAGCUUUGUGUUGGCUGGUGGUUGGUUCACUUCUCCUUGUGGAUUGAUGAGUGUAUAUGUAUAUAAUAAAACCAUACAAUAUACUUAUAUAUGCUACUGCGAUUAUUCUUCCUGCU